AUGGCGGGCGCUCAUACACUCUCGCUAACACGCCUCUUGGGCUUCUCUCUCGCUUCUCUCUCUUUGCUUGCCUCGCGCUCAGCAGCGAGCCCCUGGAUCGUCACUGCCAACUACGAAGAAUUAGUUACUGUCCAAUCUGGCUUCACGGACUACGUCUAUGACCUUACAGAGCCGGCAGAAACCUACACCGAGAUCCUGAGCAUUGCUACUCCCUCGGGGGCAGCCAUCUCAACAGCCACCAUCACGCAAACAGAUGAGUACUCCGAGGACCUGAUGACCAUAGUUGAGGUCCUCUACCCUUACAAUUCUGCCACACCAACUGCUACGUACGACUACCUGGGAACAGCCACAGCCACGUACAAUGAGAACCUCUACACCAACUACGUGGUGAAUCUCGCCUAUACUGCACCGACGGACUGUAGUUCGUCAUGGACAUACACCACAGCAGUAGAAGUCGAUCCACCCUACGCCGUUGAGGAUGCCCUAGUUCCAACGUCGGUCUCGACCAGCUUCUAUACCGACAACAGCAGCCCCUUCCGGCCGACUGUUAUCACGGAGAUUUAUGCCUACCUCGCCCCAUCCCAGGUACCAACCUCAAGUAUGUCCUAUCUUAGUGUCAACUACGCUCCGUACCCGUCUUGUUACAAUCCAACCUCGGAUGACACCGAUUCCGACGAUUCCGACGAUUCCGACGACUCUGACGACUCUGGCUCGUCGAGCUCGUCUUACUGCGGUUAUUAUUACUACUCUUGCGAUUCGGGCGACGAGACUAGUUGGAUCAACGACUCUAGCUACUAUGGGAUCUCGCCGCUGGCAAUCAUCCUCAUCAGUGUUCUAGGCUGGACAUUCGUUUUCUUCGUGGCCGGCCUGUUUGAAAACUAUUUCCAUUUCCAGCGGUUGAUGAAGGGAUGGCAAGCACGCCGUGGCUUGCCAAUUACUUGGUUGCUGUGGAUCUUCCCAGUCACCCUGCUGAUCUGCUUCGCACUCACUAGCAGGGGCUUCCAGGCGCGGUCUGAAGAAGAUGCCGCAGAGCUACAACAGAAAUGGAAAGAGACUGGAUUUUGGGCCAAAAUCAAGCUGUGGUUACGGUACGGAUUUACCUUUCGUUAUCCUCCCACGCUCGGCCCUGCUCCUCCACGAGUUGGAGGACCUUUUCGGAAAACACCGACGCAACCGUUGCUUCAAGUAACACCGCCUGCGAGCGAUGCCGGAGGAGCCAGUCGCCAACCCACGCCGCGGAUUUCGCUCACCGAUGCUGAUGUUGAAAACAACGCUGUUGCCGCUCCAGCUCCAGUCGAGACGGAGAUGUCUGGGGGCAUCGCAGCGCAAACCCUCGCCGUGCCCUCACCAGCACAGACAAGGUCGCAACGCGCAGCCAAUGGGUCUACGCCACCGACUGCAGAGGAUGAAAUCGCCGAGGUGCCAGCUGUACCAGCGACUGCAGAGGAUCGACAGGACCACCAUCAUGAAUCCACGGAGAAGCCCGAAUCGGAGAAGGGGGAAUGA